AUGGCCAACACAAGAACAGAGCAGGAAAACAUGGAGUCCUUGCGUUCUGUGUCAAAAUACCGGUGGGGGUUUAAUGCGGGCAUUAACAUCCACUAUAAGUGGUCGCAUCUGCACAUGAUACGUGAGAUGCUGUGUCAAGUGAACGAGCUAGAAAACUUUAAGAGAACAUGCUUCGGGCACGUGAUGGAUGUCAAAGCAGACAAGAGUUUAUUCUGCUUCAGUUUCAUGCACUAUCUAAUGCUGCGCAGAAUCAACAAACCUGAUGCCACGGAGGUAGAGUUAUGGUUCGCAAUAGGGAAAACAAAGGCUCGCUUUUCUAAAAGGGAGUUCUGUCUGGUGACAGGAUUGAAGUUUGGUCCCUUAUCGACUUUCAUUGUCAAUCCCUUCGAGGCCCUCCCUAGAGGAAUUCGCCUACGAUAUUGGGGACUUAGGAAGGAGGUGAAGAUCCAACAGGUUUUAGAUACGUUCAAGGAAGGGCAGUUUCAGCAGGAGGGAGACGGGAGCAAGAUGGCCCUCAUCUUGAUCGCGACCAAUUCGCUGGUUGAGAACAUGGAUGAGUGGUAUGCAUUCCCAUGGGGCACAUACGUGUGGAGUCUAACCGUGGAUUACUUGCCAAGGGGUUUCGAACCUCCUACUGCUGGAGAAGCAGAUAAAAAGCACUACCACUUCUACGGAUUUAUAUAA